CAGCGACGCCACCCGAUUUUGGAGGGGCUGAGUCACGGUUGCUUUGGCUGAAAAUUUACCCCGCGAUUGUGGCGCGCAGUCAUAUUUUCUGCCCCUCAAUGCCCUGACUCCCUCCACCAAAGACUCACACCUGACUCAUUUUGUCGCCAGAGAUAAUUCGCGACUCGACAAGACACCGGCUUUCUCGUUGAGCUGACCUUUCACCCAAAACACCAACGAGAGAAACGCGACGCAAUCAUGGCUGACGCCGCUGCCCCCCCGACCGAGCAGGUCGCCAACCUGCACCUCGACGAAGUCACUGGCGAGCGUAUCUCCAAGACGGAGCUGAAGAAGCGCCAGAAGGCCCGCCAGAAGGAGGAAGAGAAGAAGAAGAAGGCCGCCGAACGACCCGCUUCUGCGGCUCCCAAGAAGCCCGUUGGUGGCGAGGCUUCUGAGAAGGACCUCACCCCGAACCAGUACUUCGAGAUCCGAUCGCGGACCAUCAACAAGCUCCGCACGACCAAGAGCCCGAACCCCUACCCCCACAAGUUCAAUGUCACCUACGACCUGCGCAAGUUCGUCGAGGAGUACAGCUACCUCAAGUCCGGCGAGCAUGCCAAGGACAAGAUCAUCCAGAUCGGUGCCCGAAUCCACGGCAAGCGAUCAUCAGGCUCCAAGCUCGCCUUCUACGAUGUCCGCACUGAGGGUGUCAAGGUCCAGGUCAUGUGCCAGGCCCAGGAGGUGCGAGAGGGUGCCCCCUCUUUCGAUGCUCAGCAUGAGCACCUUCGCCGUGGUGAUAUCAUCGGUAUUAUCGGAUACCCUGGCAGAACCGCCCCCAAGACCAAGAUAGAGAAGGGUGAGGAGGGUGAGCUGUCAAUCUUCGCGACCGAGGUCAUCCUUUUGACCCCCUGCCUUCACGCCCUGCCUGACGACCACUACGGCUUCAAGGAUGUUGAGCAACGUUUCCGCAAGCGCUACCUUGAUCUUAUCUGCAAUGAGAGGUCGCGCAACGUUUUCAUUACCCGAUCCAAGAUGAUCACCUGGAUUCGCCGUUACUUCGAUGAGCGAGACUUCGUCGAAGUCGAGACCCCCAUGAUGAACCAGAUUGCCGGUGGUGCCACGGCUAAGCCCUUUACCACCCACCACAAUGAGUACGACAUGCAAAUGUUCAUGCGUGUCGCCCCCGAGUUGUACCUCAAGAUGCUGGUCGUUGGUGGCCUGAACCGAGUGUACGAGAUUGGACGUCAGUUCCGAAACGAAGGUGCCGAUCUCACCCACAACCCUGAGUUCACCACCAUUGAGUUUUACGAGGCCUACGCCGAUGUUAACGACUUGAUGGAAACCACCGAAGACAUGGUCUCGGGACUCGUCAAGUACCUGACUGGUGGAUACAAGACCACCUUCCACACCCAGAGCGGCGAGACCUACGAGGUCAACUGGGAGAAGCCUUGGCCCCGUUACGAGAUGAUCCCCACGCUUGAGGAGGCCACCGGCGAGAAGUUCCCCCCUGGCGACCAGCUCCACACCCAGGAGACCAACGAUUUCCUUCGUGGAAUUCUCAAGAAGAUGAAGCUGGACUGCACGCCUCCUCUGACCAACGCCCGCAUGAUUGACAAGCUGGUCGGCGAGUUCAUUGAGGAGAAGUGUGUCAACCCCUCUUUCAUCACCGGUCAUCCCCAGGUCAUGAGCCCUCUGGCCAAGUACCACCGUGAGAUUCCCGGUCUCUGCGAGCGAUUCGAGGCCUUCGUCUGCAAGAAGGAGAUUGCCAACGCCUAUACCGAGUUGAACGACCCCUUCGACCAGCGCCUCCGUUUCGAGGAGCAGGCUCGCCAGAAGGACCAGGGUGACGACGAGGCUCAGCUCAUCGACGAGAACUUCUGCAGCUCGCUUGAGUACGGCCUGCCCCCCACUGGUGGUUGGGGCAUGGGUAUUGACCGCAUGGUCAUGUUCUUGACUGACAACUACACCAUUCGUGAGGUCCUGGCCUUCCCCUUCAUGAAGGACGACCCAGAGAAGAAGGAGAAGUUGGCUGCUGAGGAGGUUGGCAUUGAGCCCCUACCUGUCGAGGGCAUUGCUCACAAGUAAAGAAAAGGAUUGUCUAAGAGGAUGGAUACCGAGAUAUGGUCAACGGUUAUGACGUCAUGCGUGGUAUUUAAACGGUCAUAGUAUCAUUUGUGAAUACAGGUUCAUGAUGAUGAAAUAAAAAAAGGA